GGCAUUCAAUGCUACCAACACCUUCCGCUUUCUUCAUAUAAACACCCAACUGCGCCGAUUAACCAUCUCACUAAUUCUUCCAUCGGAAUCAAAAUGGCUCCGGCGACCGGAUUUUCAUACCAGAGGCUGAGGAACGAAGGCAGUGGAGACGAGAAUUAUGAGUACCUAAAAGAAGUGAAGAGAGCGAUUGCUCACGUGAAGGCCAGAAUCCAAUGGUCUUCGAGGUUGAAGAGAGUCCCAUUGAGGAAGAAAACGAAAAAGAUGAAGAUCCCAAGCUUGAGGAAGUUCAUGAGGAGAAAAGCUCGAGUUGUGAUGCUUUCAAUGGCGAAGGUUGUGAAGAGGCUCAAGGACAGCCAAUCACAUUUCGGCGAUUUGUUUGCUGGUAAUUAUCUGUUCAUGCAAGUCAAUCCUUCUUCUCUGAAAUCUUCUUCUCCGUUUGCAAUUCGUGGAUCAAUUAAGGGAAAUGAAGAUCAUGAUUUACGCUGUUCUUCUUCUUCUUCUUCUUCGCUUAGGGUUUCGUAAUCUGAUUGUUCAUCAGGUACAGAUCGAUUAAUGUAUCUGCAAUGAAGAUUCAUUCACAGGGUUAUUAAAUUUGGAAUAAUUAACUUUUGAUAUUCACAUAUGAAGCUAAUCUAUAUAUUUUUCAAGUGAUUUUUGUCCUCAUUACAUCCAUGGAUGAUCAACUGGACGAUAUUGAUGGCAAAUUCAGUCAAGCAAUUUGCUUUGUGAAUUGUGAUGAUAUUAUUAUUUGGAAAUAAAUAAUUGUUGUUAAUUUUAAUAUGUUAAUUGUUUAUAAAAAAAAUUAUUCGAUCCAAAGAUA